CGAACGCUUUGGGCCUCAACGAGCGAGGGCAGGAACAGGUCGACGAGCGAGAGAGGCAGUCGCUGAAGCGAAGGUAGGACAGCGCGAAGAUGGAGAUGGCGUCGACGACAGAAAAGUGCAAGCGAUCGUCUCGUGUACUCUUCGGACACCGAUGAGACUGCGCGUUCUGGAAGAGGAGCGCGAUCGCUCCUAGGCUCGCGGGAUUGUGGUUUCUUCGUCGCGGCCGCGGGCAACCUGGAGCUUUGUGAAAUCCCCUCACUCCGGUGGUGCCGCUCGAAUUGAUAUUCUUGCUUCUUGAGCAGCAGCGAUUUCGGGUCGAUUCGGCUGUCUUAUCUCUCGGUCUGAAGCUGGCGCAGGGUUUAUUUCAUUUUGUUUCACGGGAAACGCCCUGCUAGGUCUCUGAUAGGAACGACGUGGUAGUGGUAGUUGUAAAUUUCACUCUUUUGUUUCGGAAGGUGCGUCACAAUGUCGAUGUCUAAGAGUUCCAAGUUGCUACAGUACAUAAAUUAUCGAAUGCGAGUCACUAUACAGGAUGGACGACAGCUUGUGGGAAAGUUCAUGGCCUUUGACCGGCACAUGAACCUGGUGUUAGGAGAUUGUGAGGAGUUUCGGCGAUUACCCCCGAAGAAAGGCAAGUCACAGGAAGAACGGGAGGAGCGCAGAACACUUGGCCUUCUUUUACUUAGAGGAGAGGAAGUAAUUUCGAUGACAGUAGAGGGUCCUCCCCCACAGGAAGAAUCGAGAGCCAAGGCUGCCGCGGCUGCUCAAGCAGGGCCGGGAACGGGUCGUGCAGCUGGACGAGGAAUACCUACAGCACCCAUUGGACAAGCGCAACCAGGAUUAGCAGGUCCUAUCAGAGGAGUCGGAGGGCCUGCCCCAGGAAUGAUGCAGCCUCAAUUGAAUCGGCCACCAGUUCCUCAAGUCUCUGCCGGGCCCGUGAGCUACUCUGUUCCUCCUGGUGGCGCACCUGGAGUUCCACAAGUUCCCGGGGCCAGACCUCCUGGUCCACCGCCUCCUGGGGGACAAUUCGGAGGGCCGCCUCGUCAAAUGCAAGCUCCUCCAGGGCCUCCGUUGAACAUGCGACCACCGAUGAUGUCUGGGCAGCCGGGGGCUCCCCCCCCUCAGUAUGCACCACGACCCGGGAUGCCUCCACCUCCUGGAGGUCCACCUCAAAUGGGGCAGAUGGGAGGUUCUCCUGGCGGUCCACCAGGAGGUCCUGGAAUGCCACCCCCUGGAGCUUAUGGGCAAAGACCCAUGGGGCCUCCUCCGAUGAUGAGAGGACCGCCUCCAGGAGCUCCUGGAGGUCCUCCCCCCGGAAUGGGUGGUCCGCCUCGCCCUGGGAUGCCACCAACAGGUCCCGGAGGUCCAAGACCUGGAAUGCCACCACCCCCAGGCAUGUAUGGAGGCCCUCCUGGUGGUCCUCCAAGACCUGGCAUGCCACCACCUCCUCCCCCACAGCAAAAUCAACAGCAGCAGCAGUAAUCAUGGCGAGAGAUUGGGUUGUUUUGCACGGAGGAAAUAUGUGGGUUAAAAGUUUACUUGCGCUCUGCCCACUUUGACCACGGCAUUGUAAGGAUAGUUUGGAGAUACAUGCCCGUGUUAAGGACCUGAGGUUCAUCGAAGCCUGACUCAGUAUUUAGAAGCUCCAAGGUCGAUUGCACUUUCUGAGAAUCGACGAUGAGGAUAGGACCGAGCUCGGAAGAGCUGACGGUGUAGGUCAGAACACGGCAGAGAGUUCGUAUAUGUAAAAGUUUCUUUGUUGAUAGACUAUGUCGAGCGCCGAUGUUGAGCGUCAUGCAGGAGACCACCUCCCUUACGAGAAGCAGGAGGUACGUAACUGUUUGGCGCUGGAGAUGAGACUGGGGGGUGCUUGGACGUUUUUGCCUCCCCGCACGCAACCGAAAAUGGGCACAUAGGUUAACGCUUGAGAUGUGCAGGUCCCUGUGUUAUCCUUUGUUGCUAUGCUUCUUAAUCCCAGAAUUAGGUUCUUAGAACCAAUAUCAAGGGAAAGUUUUCUGUAGAUGAUUUAGUUCGUGAAUGAGAUAAUUUUGGUACCCACUCGGAUCAUGAUUGUAUUUGUUACAGAAACGCUGUCGAAAGGCUUCAGUUUGGUUUCAGGACUUUUUCACAUCGCUUUGGAAGGUGUCCUCGGGUAGCCGGACCUUUUUGGGAUGGAGGGUGGAAAUGUAUAGAACACAAUCUGUCCUCGACAUACCAGUCUCAUUGAGGUAAAGCUGCUGCACUGGUCUUUUGUGUGGUGUGAGGUAAGUCAGGGGAAGAUUUACCAUUAUGUUAUACUAUUUGUUACAUGAAUAACAUGCAAUGUAUUAACUUGGUUCCUUGGUGAUACGUAAGGGUACAAUCUCGCAGCGACAUGCUACCCUGACGAUUAGUGGGUUCAAUACCACGUCAAACAUAUUCAUACUCUGUUUAAUCCUGUUUUGGACAUUGGCCCCAGAUCAACCAGUGAAGCCAAAAUUAUAUGUUUUGGGAGUGUUUGCCUCGCAUCUUUAUCUGGACGGUCAAUUGCCAAAACGGAAUCUGGUAUAUUUCUGAUUUUUAUUUUUAUUUUAGCGGAUUUUUUUUGCUUUCUCCUAAGUCAAAUUUCUCCCGUUCUCCCCUUGCAUACCGCAUAUAAGUGCAUCAUGUUAUUCCGGAUCAGGGUGUUUAAUCGGUUUUAGUCAGUCUUAGUCUAUUGACAGGUGCAGGUGCAGGCUUGGUCUAUUUGCAGUCUUCAGUUACCCACCAUGGAAGUGCCCGUGAUCGGGUGUAGUUUUGUGUUUAUUCCGGACAGUAGCAGGUAUAGGUCGAGGAAAGUAGGACAGUGUAGCCGCUCAUAGUUCCUAUUGGGGCCGCGCGUAGAUACAUGUUCUUUGUUUGGCUAAAAGAGCGUGGAUUGUCCAGAUGAUAUUAGCUGUAGCGAUUUGCCUGACCAGGUAUUUUACUCAGAUAAUUGUUGAAAGGAUUUUGAAAUUUCAUCGCUUCGGGUUGUCAGUGUGACAUCAAGGUGCAUGAGCAAAAAGAAAGUUGUUUGCAGUAUCUAAACAUGUAUGUUUGCACUUAAUGUUUGUGAAGUGUCAUCGUCUAAAUCUGUGCACCUAACACAGACGGAGUUGAUGAGUACAGACCUUGGUUAUAGUGCCACCUGUAACUUUGAAACUCUAUUACCAUCGAUGGUAUUUGGCUUAGAUUACUGAGAAGAUCGUCUUAAUGGCCCUUUGGAGUAUGUUUGAAAGGAAUAUAAGAGGCCCAUUUAACAUGCUGGAGAAGGAUACAGGUUUGAUAAUGUGGGAUAUGCCACGAAUCAUUUUGGAUUCUUUGUGUGAAUGCCCUAUUCGAUUGUCUGGUUGGACAGUACGAGUGAUAUGUAAAUCUGCACUGUGGAUGGACAAAAGGAGAUACAUGUCUUUUGCACUGUGCAUGUAGACAUUCAAAUAUGGCACAUUCGAAAAGGGCAUUGACGAUGUAGAUUAUAGCCUAAGAAAUUGCCAUCUUAGAGUAAAGGCACAUCUUGUCCUAUUAUGCAGUAGUAAAUCUACUACCUGUACUCGGAACAUGGAAGGUAGAUGACGAGCAAAGAUCUCAAUCACAGAGAAAUGAACGAUGUUUUUGAAGGCCAUUUCCUUCUGGAGGUCCUAUCAGGCCCCCAGACGGCAACAAUCGCUGUUGAUGUUGAAUGCUGUCCAGACGGUUAUUGGCAUCUGGGAAUGCACCCAUAAUAAUUGUCACCAUAACCCAAUUUGACACUGGAUGC